AAACACAUAAUCGUUAUUUUACGUAUAGGUUGACUCAUAAGAAACUCAAUUUGGCUUUAAAGGACUCAUUUCUGGCAAACGCCAAGCGAAGCGGGAGCGCGCGAGCCGCUACAUGCAGUGUAGCUACAGCCCCGUUCCUGUGCCGCCAGGGGUCGCUGAUUCGCAGCAAAAAAGAAGCGUGUGGCACAAUACCGAACUUUUUUCCUCCUCUCAGUAACGUGACUCCGCCACUGAAAAACCCUCAAACAUCCCACGGAUAGGAUGGAGUCCCAGAUUAACAGUCCAGAAUAGUGCUCAUCGGACGUAUGCGAGGAAGCCGAGAAAAGGUCUCGUCGGCACAGUUGAUGCAGCCUGGCUGGUUCAUGGAGUUCAGGACCCAGAUCUUGCCCACCGAAUGAUAUCAGAUCGUAGAGUUUCAUUUUCCGGAUGCGGAUGGGUGGCUGCCGUUCUCAGCGGCUCCUUGUGAGGAGGUGAUGAUGGUGGUGAUGAUGAUGUUGAAGAGUCACAGCAACAGCAACGGCGUCCGCCGCAAGCUUCACUCUUCGGUCCAGGCAAGCCCCUGGCGUCCGGGGAGCCUGUUACGGUUCUCCCUCCGUGACUAUGCUUUGUGUAUGGCAACACUGUCUGUCUUCUGUUUCGGCUCGCUGUUUUAUCAACUGAACGGAGGACCCCCCAAAAUCCUACUGGAAAUGCGUCAGUACCUGGGAGACUCCACGUUUGCCGAUGACCACAGCCCUCCUGCACCCAGGGUGCUGCCCUUCCCCAGCCAGGUGGUGUACAACCGGGUUGGUAAGUGUGGUAGCCGCACCGUGGUCCUGCUGCUGCGGAUCCUGGCCGAGAAGCACCGGUUCAACCUGGUCUCCUCUGACAUUCACAACAAGACCCGGCUCACCGAACAGGAGCAGGUGGACCUGAUGAAAAACAUCAGCGUCAUUCCCCAGCCCUUCCUCUUCACCCGGCACGUGCACUUCCUCAACUUCACCAGAUUCAGAAUAGAACAGCCCGUUUACAUCAACAUCAUAAGGGACCCAAUCAACCGGUUCCUGUCAAACUAUUUCUUCCGCCGUUUUGGAGACUGGAGGGGAGAGCAGAACCACCUGAUCCGUACACCGGGGAUGAAGGACGAUGAGCGGUAUCUGGACAUCAACGUCUGCAUCCUGGAAAGCUACCCUGAGUGCUCAAACCCCCGGUUGUUCUACAUCAUCCCCUACUUCUGCGGCCAGCACCCCCAGUGCAGGGAGCCCGGACUCUGGGCUCUGGAACGGGCCAAACAGAACGUGCUGGAGAACUUCUUGCUGGUUGGGGUGCUGGAGGAGCUGGAGGACACGUUGCUGCUGUUGGAGCGAUUCCUGCCUCACUACUUCACCGGAGUUCUGAGCAUCUAUAAAAGCCCAGAUUACAGGAAGAUCGGCAAUUUGACGGGCACGGUACGGAAGCAGACGCCGACCGUGGAGGCCCUGCGGGUACUCUACCAGCGCAUGAAGUACGAGUACGACUUCUACAACUUCAUCAGAGAGCAGUUCCACCUGCUGAAGAAGAAGAUCGGCCUCCGGUCGGCCACGAUGCCCACACACCCGCACAGCUUCAAGACCCAGGAGCCCAUGGAAGUGGACCAGGAGGAGGAGCCAGAGCAGGAGGAGGAGCUGGAGGACGCUAGCUUGUGGUUGGUGCAUCCCUGAGCGUUGCCGUGGAGAAGGGGUUACGGCGUCCAGCCAGGUCAAACAUGCGGAACCGAGAUCCCAUCGGAACAAUGCGGAAACGAGCAGCCCUUCCUCGUGGAACGGUGCGGCUUGUUUCCAAGUGAUGUGAGGUCCUCGUCUUUCCUAAGCAUGACAGCCCAUCGUCGGUCCGAUUCUGGAAGAGCGAUGCUAUCAAGAGCAGCCAGUUCUAAAGGGAGUCAGCUGUGGUGCUCGAAGUCCACUUGAUAUCAACACCAGACCCCAGGAAAGCUGUUGGGGGGGGGUCUGUCUUCUACAGCUGGAUACCCACCCUCCACAUUCACAGAGCAGUCUAUUUCCCCAUGAGAUCAAGCUUCCACCACUAACAUGUUCCAUCAGCUGGUUCACCAGCAAACCGCCUUUGUUCUGUGUCCCACCCUGUGGCUUCUCUGGCCAUUCACACACAAGCGGUUACCCCAUAAUAUAAAGCUAUCUGCUGGGGCUACACCCUCGGGCGUGUGCUGAUGGAGGCGCUGACUCGGUGGAAUUGCGGCAGUGAAGAUCUGAGCUGCAGGUCGAGAUGACUGAGCUGAUUCUAGCCGGCUGUGAAAAAUCAAACUUGCCCAAUGAAAGGCAAAUGGACCCAGUCAUCAACUUCACAUCUUCUAGCAAUGGAGUAAGGCUCUAAGUCCAGUGUAAAUGAUCUGAUCUGAUUUUGCCCUGAAUACACCGAAGGAGACCCAUGAAUCCAAACGCGGCGUUAGCUGCAAAGUGUAUGAUGAGGGGACCACUCUAAGUUUUAGGGUGCGUAAGAAGUAUGCGGGGGGUGUCAUUCUAUUUGAAUGUUUUCUGUCUCUUAAUUUGAGAUUUGCUUUAAACAGGUGAUUAAAUCAUGGGUAGCAACUUUUUUUUGCCAUGUUAGAUGACUCUGCAGGUGAAUCUACCCCUCAGUUAACCCGAUCCACUUGGUCCUGCUCACUGGGAUCAGCAUAUAUCCCCCACCCGUACGACCGAAGCAAUGCAUAAACAGUGGUGCACUCUGAUUGGUCAGUGUAGCCUGCCAUGUGACCGGAAAUGGUCACGUGAUAUGUCAUCCUGCCACAAAUAAUCCUGCCCCACUCUACCCAAGUUUAACAUACAAGCUAUUUGUAUUUAAGAAAUGGACUGUAUUUUAGAGAUACAUUUUUAUUUAUUUUUGCAUUCCAGAUAUAAUUCUCAGGAAAAAAAGCUUGUUUUUUUAAGAAAAGAAAGGGCGUCUGCUUUGGAAUUUUUAGAUCUAGCCACACUUGCCGGUAACUAGAGUCUAUGGGUAUCUGUCUUCAAAUUAUAUUUCACUGCUUAAAGUCUUGAUUCUGUGAGGCAACUGCAGAAUUAUUUCAUUUCAUGGAAACCUCCACUGUCCUGGAAUGCUUUCAAAAUAAAAGUUUCUUAACAGCUUUUUAAUUA